CUCCGAGCGUCUAUUCACUAAACAUGGUUGUUGUUCCCCCCGACGUGGUGGUCGUGCGGGAAGGGGAUUUCGAACCCAAAAAGAGUUGAAGUGCGGAGGAUAUUCGUCGCUGACGGGCGUGGACUGUCCGCGGAAGGGUGGUGACCUCAUAUCAAGGGUGACCUCGGUUAUACGAAGGGGGGGAAAAAUGAGCGUGGACGCCUACGGCCCCAGCAGCUCCCAGAGCCUGACUUUUUACGACACGGAGGAAGCCACCACCGACCUCCUCGGGGCUGACACUCAGGGCUCCGAGUACGAGUUCAACCUCACCCUCGGGAGUCAGACCCAGACCCAGGGGGGAGGAGGGGGAGGCGACCACCUGGACAAGACGCAGGCUUCGCAGAGCCAGGUCACAGUGAAUGGAGAUGCUGUUGAAGCUGAGGUAGAAAAAGCCACUGAAGCUCUUGGUGAUUUGCAAUUUGAAGAAGAGGAUGAGGAGACUGCUUUUUAUGCUAAGGAAUUACCGGACUGGGCUUGUCGCUAUUGUGGCAUUCAUGAUCCAGCUUCUGUUGUUAUGUGCAAUGUUUGCCAUAAAUGGUUCUGUAAUGGAAGGGGGAAUACAUCUGGUUCCCACAUCAUAAACCAUCUUGUCCGAGCAAAGCAUAAGGAGGUUAGUCUUCACAAGGAUGGACUGGUUAGAGACACUGUUUUAGAGUGCUAUGCUUGUGCUGUGAAAAAUGUUUUUGUGCUGGGCUUUAUACCUGCUAAAGCUGAAUCUGUGGUGGUCCUCUUAUGUCGCCAACCAUGUGCUGCACAGAGUUCUCUGCGUGAUAUGAACUGGGAUCCAGAGCAGUGGAAACCUCUGAUUAGUGAUCGUGCUCUGCUGCCUUGGCUUGUUCGUGUACCUUCAGAAGCAGAACAACUUCGGGCUAGACAAAUUACAGCCCAGCAGAUCAACAAGUUGGAAGAGUUGUGGAAAGAGAAUGCUUCAGCAACUUUUGAUGAUCUGGAGCGACCAGGUGUAGAUGAAGAACCCCAGCAAGUUUGCCUUAGAUAUGAAGAUGGUUUCCAGUAUCAGAAUAUUUUUGGACCUCUAGUAAAAUUAGAAGCAGAUUAUGACAAGAAAUUGAAGGAAUCACAAACACAAGAUAAAAUUGAAGUGCGUUGGGACAUUGGCUUGAACAAGAAAAUUUGUGCCUAUUUUACUCUUGCUAAAACAGAUGGAGAUAUGCGCCUGAUGCAUGGAGAUGAGCUGCGUCUCCGUUAUCUAGGGGACCUCCAUAAACCUUGGUCUGGGGUAGGGCAUGUGAUCAAGAUCCCUGAUAAUUUUGGGGAGGAGGUUGGGAUUGAAUUGAAAUCUAAUGUUGGUGUGCCAACUGAUUGCCGGGAUAAGUUUGUUGUGGACUUUGUUUGGAAAUCAACAAGUUUUGAUAGGAUGCAGGCUGCAUUGAGGAAGUUUGCUGUUGAUGAUUCUUCAGUCUCUCCUUACAUCUACCAUCGGCUAUUGGGCCAUGUCGAGGUUGACGAGUUGAUCUUUCGUCAUAUUCACCUUCCAAAGCAGUUGUCAGCUCCUAACCUUCCUACACUGAAUAAUUCUCAGCAAUAUGCCCUGAAGCAUGCCUUACAACGUCCCCUGUCUUUGAUCCAAGGUCCACCAGGAACUGGCAAGACUGUGACAUCAGCAACUAUUGUGUAUCAGCUGGUCAAACAGACUGGUGGCACAGUUCUUGUAUGCGCUCCAUCCAACACUGCCGUUGACCAGCUCACAGAGAAAAUACACAAAACUGGACUCAAGGUUGUGCGUUUGUGUGCCAAAUCCCGUGAAGCCAUUGACUCGCCAGUAUCAUUUUUGGCCUUGCAUAAUCAGAUACGCAACCUGGAGGAUAAUGGAGAGCUACAGAAACUUCAGCAAUUAAAAGAGGAAACUGGAGAGUUAUCAUCUGCUGAUGAAAAAAGGUUCCGGAUGCUGAAGAAGCAGGCAGAAAAGACAUUGUUGGAGGCAGCAGACGUGAUCUGCUGCACAUGUGUUGGUGCUGGUGAUCCUCGUCUUGCUCGUUUGAAAUUCCACUCCAUCCUAAUAGAUGAGUCUAUGCAGGCCACAGAACCUGAAUGCAUGGUCCCUGUUGUUCUAGGGGCCAAGCAGGUCAUUUUGGUGGGUGAUCAUUGCCAGUUGGGACCAGUUGUUAUGUGCAAAAAAGCAUCUCGAGCAGGGCUUUCUCAAUCUCUUUUUGAACGUUUGGUUGUAUUGGGUAUCCGGCCAUUCCGUCUCACCGUCCAGUAUCGCAUGCAUCCCCAACUCGCACAAUUCCCAUCAAAUUUCUUCUAUGAAGGAUCUCUACAAAAUGGAGUAGUAGAUGCUGAUCGUACCAUGAAAGGAGUAAGCUUCCCAUGGCCUCAAUUAGACAAACCCCAGUUCUUCUAUGUCACCUCUGGCCAAGAAGAAAUAGCAGGUUCAGGCACAUCAUACUUGAACCGAACUGAAGCCGCAAGUGUAGAGAAGUUGGUUACCCGGUUUCUCAAUUGUGGUGUGAAGCCUGAGCAGAUUGGUGUUAUCACACCUUAUGAAGGGCAGAGAGCAUAUUUGGUACAGUAUAUGCAGUAUCAAGGACCACUUAACCAGAAAUUAUAUCAACGCCUGGAAGUUGCCAGUGUGGAUGCCUUCCAAGGCCGUGAGAAGGAUUUGAUUAUUAUGUCUUGUGUGCGUUCCAAUGAACACCAGGGAAUUGGUUUUCUCUCAGAUCCUCGACGUUUGAAUGUUGCUCUUACACGCGCUCGAUAUGGUAUUAUCAUUGUUGGAAACCCAAAAGUACUAUCUAAGCAGCAAGGAUUGUGGAAUCAUUUACUACAUCAUUUCAAGGAGAAGAAGGUUUUGGUUGAAGGGCCUCUCAACAAUCUCAAAGAGUCGAUGAUGCAAUUCAGCAAGCCUAAGAGACUGAUCAAUGCAACUAAUCCAGGAUCACACUUCAUGAAUACAGCAAUGUAUGAUGCACGAGAAGCCAUGGUGCCAGGAUCUAUGUAUGAUCGUUCAAGUCACAUCAAUGGAACUAUGCCCCCACCAUCUCAGUGUUUCAGAGGACCUCAAUAUGACAUGUAUGGACGGGCACAUGAUGCAAUGGACUACAUCUCGGCUGAUCAUUCUCAACCAGGACUGAGUAAUUUGCCAGUGCCUGUUGGAAUGUUUAUGAACAUGGCACACGUGCCACCCCGUUUCUACCAACAACACCAGCAGGCUUUGGCACAGGCAAGAGGUGGACGAGGAGGUGGUCGUGGAGGUAGAAUGGGCAAUAGGAAACCUAAUAAGAAUACUGGUGGAGCAGGUGCUCUUCAGUUGUCACAGCCGUUCAGUCAAGAUCCUACCACACAAAGUUAUUCCCAGCCUGGCUUAACACAAGGACAUUUGUCACAGGGAAUGCCUGGGCCUGGAUUAAGUGGACUUUCACAAGGACUUUCUCAAGCAGAAUUAUCUCAGGAUUCAUAUAUGGUUGAUCAGUUCCAAAGUCAAACCGAUGGCCUCCUCUCCCAGGACUCCACAUACCAGGGUGACCGUGCGUUUUUCACUCCAGCAUCACAGACGCACCACUUUUCACAGCCGUACUGAUGGCAGACGUGAUAAGAUCCCCUGGCGCAUGAAGGCGAUGAAGCAGCGCACCAGAGCAGCGAAACAGCAGGUGGAGCAAUAGAGAGGGGGACCCACAGCAGGCACAGCAGCAACAGUGGCAUACAAGGAAUAAGCAGCCUAAAGGAGUCGUCAAUUGUGGUUGGUCACCUGCUUACUUCUAGGCUAUGGAAGCUCAUGAGGAAGCAUUGGUAAACAAAUUCAUAUGAAUGGUAUCAAGACCCUCAAUUUCAAUUAGGCUUAGAAAGGUUUACCUUAAUUUGAUCAAAAGUAGGUAAUUUUGGCCUAGUGAUCUUCAGUAAGUGGUCUAGUGGAAUAUCCUUUUACAUUUCCUAGAUGAAUCAAAUCCAGACAUAUGGAUUUAUCUACAACCUAAAUUACUGAUGGGAAAGGGGGUAAUUACCAGUGAGCCACUAUAUAGACCCCAUAAUUGGAAGGGUGUAGCAGAGUGACUGGUAUGACCAUUGACGACAGUGCUGACCUGGCCUGUGACCUGACUAGUGGAGUGGCCCACUUUACACACCUGAAUCUCCUCAACCCACUUGUUUAAACCAUGUGGGGUUGGAGUGAAAGGAGAAUAAAUAGGUACACCCAUCAGUUUUUGUCAUCACUCUUUUCCUGUUAGGUUUUCUUUAUGUAAUUCAUUGAUCAUGUUUUGAAGGGUAUUUGGUUCUGUAAUAAGUUUUAAUGCAAUAUCUGCACAGGUUAUAUUACAUAUAUAAUUAGUAUAUAUUAUUUUCACCUGUUUUAAUUCUUUUGAAUGUUUUGUAAAUGUGGUGGUUUCAAAAAAGUAAUAAAGGAAUGAUUAUUGACAUGAGGUAGCUACCUUGUUUUGGGGAAAUUUUGUGAAUAUUGGCAAUAAAAAAAGUAAAAUUUGUUACAGUGAUCAUAUAACUGUUUUGCAUAUUUCUUCUCUAAAGGGAUUCUUUGAGUUAAUUCACUGCUGUCAUUUAGUUAAUGAAUAAUCCAAGUAAUACUUAAUUUUGGGGGAAAUGUUACCAUUUUUUGAAGAUGCAAAAUAUUUGAGCUUGGAAUAUACAAAUUUUCUUGACAGUUGCACUAAAACCACAAAUUUGAAAUGCUACUCUGAUCAAAUGUUGGUAUCAACGUGUAUACUGAACCAGCACAGUCCGGCAGACUGAAGUCAUCUUGCUGUUCUAUGAAAUGAAUUUGCCUGCUAGCCCUCUUACUUUUUUUUCUAUGCAGAUUUACAGUGGAUGAAUUGAUAAAAUGUUCUUAUUAUUUUUAAAAGGCAGUGUUCUUUACAAAAUACAUCUGAAUAAUUGUAUGUUUGACUUAGCUGGUGUAUGGAACAACCAGCUUUGCACUUCUAUGAUUUUACAGAUUGUGUAAUUUUCAAAGAAUUGCAUUUCAUGUAUGAUGUGAUAAGUUUGAGGUUUGUGGCUAGCAGAAGGUGUUUUUUUUAUAUAUAUGAUCUGGAAUAAGCAUAUGAUUGCAAAGGAGAUGUGAAGACAGUAAAAUCCCAGUGAUAUUCAAGUCCACUGUUUACAUCUAGGGUGUUAAAUUGCUUUGACCUUAGUAUGUUUUCAGGUUAAAUUACUUUAACCUCAGUAUGUUUUCAGGUUAAGUUUAAGUAUGAAAAAGUUUGUAAGGUUAUGUGUCUUACAUGAUUUGGUAUAUUUAAUUGAUGGUUGUGCUGUUUGUCAUGAUUUGAGAUUCAUGAUAAGCAGGAAAAAAAAAUCUGAAAUUUCUAAUUUUCAUUGUUACUUAAGGGUUAGCAAUUUGUCACUGCAAAUUUUUGUUUUUUUUAGUUUAACAUAUUAAGUAUAAAUGUCAUUUUACAAAAGUUUUCAGUUCUUUUGUUUUAACAUAGUUUAUUAUUAUAAGGAUUAGUUUAUCCAGCCCUCUUGAGCCUAACAAUUUAACAUGGUAACAGUUGAAGUUAGUUAUUUAAUAUUUUAAAAACUGCAGUCAAAGACAUCAGAUGAGAAGUGUAAUUUGCCUGAAAGCUUUUAGGAUUUACUGUACAGGGAAAUUAGGUAGGCCAUUUCUACACAAAAGCAUGCAAAUACGUAAUGGGUUUUGUUGCUAGCAUACUUUUAAACACUUGAUAAAUGUAUCACAAAACGUCCUACUGAGGACUUGUUUAUCACUGAGUUUAUUGUGGAAAUAACAUCAGUUUGUGUUGGGAGCAUAUACUUUGGUUUUAUGACUGUGAAAGUCAUGAUCAUAAAAAUUGUUUCAGAUGGUUUAUCAAAGAUUAUAUUUUUAUUUUUCCUGUUAAUGGUGGUACCAUUGAAUAAAACAUCAUGAAUACCAUUGAA